GAUGUGUUGUGGGAGAGAACUGAUUCCUCACGAAUUCAAACACCCUCACCCUUAUACAAGGCUUCAUCUUCUCCGAUGAAAUCUAAUGGCCAUGGCCGAGGCAGAGUCAGGGUCAGAAGUAAAAUUACAAAGGGUUUGAAACUUGGGGGGCCUAAAGUCUUUCCAGAGGACCAUGAGCUAUGGAGGAAGAAGAUACUUGAUCCAGGCAGUGAUAUUUUCUUGCAAUGGAAACGGGUUUUCUUGUUCUCGUCUUUGGUGGCUUUGAUUACAGAUCCAUUUUUUCUCUACCUACCUGUAGUAGUUGGGCAGGGGAACUCAUCGUGUUUGAAGAUGGAUUCGAAUGUGAGGAUUGUCUUGACAUAUAUCCGAACAAUUACUGACCUGUUCUAUCUGUUGCAUGUCCUUAUUAAGUUCCGGACUGCAUAUAUAGCACCUACUUCUCGGGGGUUUGGGAGGGGUCAGCUUGUAAUGGAUUAUAAGAAGAUUGUGAGGAGGUAUUUACAAACGGAUUUCUUCAUUGAUCUCACAGCUGCACUACCUCUCCCACAGGUUGUCAUCUGGCUUAUACUACCAGCAAUUAGAAGCUCCCACACUGAUCACACCGACAAUGUUCUUCUGUUCAUUGUGCUGGUUCAAUAUAUUCCGAGAUUAUAUCAAAUUUUUCCGAUGGGUUCCGAAAUUGUUAAAGCUACAGGAGUUAUCACAAAGUCUGCCUGGGCUGCGGCAGUGUAUAAUCUACUACUGUACCUGAUAGCCAGUCAUGUUUUUGGAGCAGCAUGGUAUUUGCUGUCAAUUGAGCGGUACACAACAUGCUUGAAAUCAGAAUGCAGAAAUGAAGUUGGCCCUUUAAAGUGCAGUCUUAGCUAUUUAGAUUGUGAAUCUUUUCAGAAUAAUAAUCGCACAAUUUGGGAAAACAGUACAGUUGUGUUUAAUAACUGUGAUGCUAACAACCAAAAUAUCACUUUCAAUUAUGGCGUUUUUGGAUAUGCACUAACAAAUAAUGUUGGCUCCAUAAAUUUCCUUGUGAAAUACGUCUUCUGUUUUUGGUGGGGCUUGCAAAAUGUGAGUUGUUAUGGGCAGAAUUUUAUGCCAAGCCCCUUUAUUGGAGAGACUGUAUUUGUCACAAUCCUCGGAGGUGCGGGUCUGGUAUUAUUUACCCAUUUUAUAGGGAACAUCCAGACCUACUUGGCAUCCAUGACUGCAAGGCUUGAAGAGUGGAGACUUAAACGAAGGGACACGGAAGAAUGGAUGAGGCAUCGGCAACUCCCUCAAGAUUUGCGAGAACGUGUUCAGAAUUUUAUCCAAUAUAAGUGGCUUGCCACACGAGGAGCUGAUGAAGAAGCUAUCCUGCAUGCCUUACCAACUGAUAUUCGUCGAGACAUCCAACGCCACCUAUGUUUGGACCUUGUUCGGCGGGUCCCUUUUUUCGCACAGAUGGAUGAGCAGCUGCUUGAUGCCAUAUGUGACUGUCUUGUAUCCUCUUUAAGCACCAAAGGCGCCUACAUUGUCCGGGAAGGAGACCCCGUAAGUAAGAUGCUUUUUAUCAUCAGGGGAAAACUGGAAAGUUCUACCACCAACGGAGGAAGAGCAGGCUUCUUUAAUUCAAUUACCUUAAGACCAGGUGAUUUUUGUGGGGAGGAGCUGCUUGCAUGGGCUUUGCUUCCAAAAUCCACUGUUAACUUGCCUUCUUCCUCAAGGACAGUCAGAGCCCUUAGUGAAGUGGAAGCUUUUGCCUUGCAAGCAGAAGAUCUCAAGUUUGUAGCUAACCAGUUUAGACGCUUGCACAGUAAGAAACUGCAGCACACUUUCCGUUUCUAUUCUCACCAUUGGAGGACAUGGGCUGCUUGCUUCAUACAGGCUGCUUGGCGUCAAUACAAGAGGAGGAAGAUAGCUAAGGAUCUCCUCAUGGAAGAUUCCUUGUCUUGCUCAUAUCCAUUGCAUGAGCAAGUAGCUGUUGCAACAGGACAAAGAGAAGACUUUGGUACUGCUUCAACAUGUCCUUCCAGAUUGAAACAAAACCUGGGGGUCACAAUGCUGGCUUCAAGGUUUGCUACAAACAAAAGGAUUGGAGCUCAGAAAAUUAAGGGUGUUGAGAUUCCCUUACAGAAGCCUGAAGAGUCCAAGUACUUUACUGAGCCUGAUGAUGAUUAGCUAGGUGUCGAGUAUCGGAAUCUAGCAGUGUAUUGGAGAGCUGAUUUUAAGAGACAUCUUGGAGAUGUAUCAGAGAGAAGAUAGAUACGCUUCAAGUACACUUCGAUGGUGUGAAUAUGCUUAUGAUACAUGCAAAACAAGUGCUUUUUAACAAUGUGUACCAUAAAUAAGUAAUAAAUAAUAAUGUCUAGCCAAUAUCAAAUUCUCUCUGUCUUCGCGGAAUCUGUGAUUAAAAUCUUCAUUGGUAAGUAAAAUAUCAAAUUU